AUGCCAGAUCUUUCGGGGUGUCUGCUCCUCGCCGCGCUGCUGAUUUUCUGCGAGGAUGGGUACGUGAGGAGAGCGGAGGGUGGGGUGCUCGCCUCGCUGUCGGAGGAGGACAAUGCCAGCGACACACAGACGUCCCCGCUCAAGGGACAGGGGGAUGCGACGGUGCCUCCAUCAGGUUAUAGGAAUGUCAAGUUAAACCCCUUGGCUAUGAUCAGUGCCCAGUUAGUGUCUAAUGGAAAAAAGGUUGACGUCAAAGGACCCAUUCAGCUCAAAAUACCACUACCCUACAACACCCACAUGCGGCCGUCUGACUCGCUGCCUGCAUGGACCUUCGACAUGACCAUAGGUACCUGGGUAAAUAAAGGUUUAGGCACUGUUCAGAUGGAGACAAACGGUUUAGUCUGGAAUUACGUAGCACCUCAACUUGGUAAUUGGAUUGCUGCACCACCACCAUCGUCAGGUUAUAUGGGGCUCGCAAGCUCAAUGGAUUUCAUUUCCUACCACACAUACCUUCUUGUGGGUAUCUUGGGAGGAACUCUUGUGAUAGCCAUUGGAUUUUUAUCUGUGAUUGCAUUUCACUGCAGAGAUUUAAACUAUGAGGCUGGAAGAAAGCGAUGGAAUUCCACCAGGCUCACUGUACUGAAGAAAGACCAGACUACUUCCACCAGCUCUGAUGAGGCUCAAGAACUUUUCUUUCAUAAUGGGGACCGGUCUUUCUCUCUGGCUGCAAGAGGCAUCGGCCAUGAUGCAUCAGACUCUCCACGUCACCAAGCCAACUACAACAUUUAUGUGGAAAAUGUUGGCCGGUCAGCGGGCAAUCUGUACGAGAAUAUUGGAGCUGUGGGAUUAGAAAGCUUCAGAGCCCCAGUGUCUAAUAUCUAUGUUAAUAGUGACGAAGUUGCAAAGCUACGGGAAAAAUCUGAACAGAAUGGCUCAUGCCAGAAUGGAGUGGAGAAUGUAGUUUUCAGAGACAAGCUGUUCCACAUCUAUAACCAGUCCGUGGCAAUUGUACCAGCCCCAGAGUUGUUCACUUCCCAGGGACAAGCUGACCCAUCUGGAAGUAGAUCUGCCACUUUCCCACGGAAUGGCAUGGAGCAUGGAGCUCAGACAGAGCGUAACUUAAAAGACAGUUUCACUCAGACAUUACCUAAAGUUCCCCAGCAGGACAGCGAUGAGCAGCAGGCUCUGGAAGGAGUGCAAGCCGCUGCUGCAAACCCAGGGUUAUGGGGCCGCUACAGUCAUCUCCUGGAAUCUGUAUCUGUCCCAGGAACUUUGAACGAAGCAGCCAGAAUGGGGCCUUUCCGUGUGGAACUCCAGGGAAUAUCAGAGCAAACCUUGCUGGAUCUCUCCAAGGGUAAGCCGUCCAUUCACCCCCCCCGGGCCUGGUUUGUGUCUCUUGAUGGUAAACCAGCAGCCCAGGUUCGUCACUCUGUGAUUGAGCUUCAGGGAAGACAUCGUCCAGGCAGCAGCAAUGACACAAGCUUGGACUCUGGAGUGGACAUGAACGAGCUGCAGCAGCCUCUGCGGAAAAGCGAGGAACCUUCCAGCUCUAGCAUGGCUAAAAUAAGUGGAAAUCAAGAGCAGGACUUGAGUAGCAGUGAAAUUGGGAGUCCCGAGGACAUGUCCCUGAGGAACACCCUGGAAGGCAGUAGUGCAGCCAUUCCCAACAUCCCGGAGGACAGGGAUGCAGGGGACACCUCUAGCGAGUCCAAAGCUACCCCUCCACCACGGAGACUGCGGAAGGUUCGAGACAAGAAGCCUGACAAGAAGACAUCUCGACACAUGAGGGAGGAGAGACCCCAAAUGAAACACUAACUGAAUAACCUGCGUGUAGCCGUAGCUUUUUUGUGUCUGAAAAUGGUUUUGAUCAAACUGCCUUAUAACAUAAACAUCAGGAAGAAUGAAGAAAACAAAAAUGCCUGUCUUACCUGCCGUAGCUCAAAGUUGAUUCCUGUGGCUAUGCUGUAUCCAGCAUCUUGUCAGCAGUUCAUUUGUACACAAUUUCCCAACCACACUGUACAAUGAUUUUACAAACUACUUUGAAAGAACAUAUUUGUUUACCUUCCAAAGUACAUUGUAAAAGUAUAGACACAGUAUAUAUAU